AGCGACGGCGGCGCCGACGGCGGACCGCGACAGCGACAGUCAGAGGGCCAGAAACGGGACCCCGAUGGCCGCGGAGAAGAGGAAGACUCUCUGAAACGUGGCUGGUCGGGGGUCACGGCUCGGGAGUCGACAGCGGCGAUCGCCUCCGAUGUUUCCCGACCCACUGAGGCUAUGCCGUGCUGCCGUGGGGAUUCUGCGUCAGGACCGCGCUGACCGGGAAAUCGGAGGCCCCCUCGACUGGCAAAGACUGUGAACUGGACGCCCGGGGCCGGAGGUAGUCCGGAGCGACGAAAUGGGAAUCCGCUGCUAAAAUGGGCACGAGGACCAGCCUUCGCUCAGGUGCCGACCGGCCGCCGGGAAUCCCCGGGUCCGUGUGGUGAAUGAGCGAGCGGGAGCGGAGAGCGGCGGCCCGCUUCCAACCCACCGCCGUCACCAUGCGCAAAGGGCUGCCCACGGACCCCGACGUAGCCGACCUGUUCGCCAGAGAUGAUCCCGAAGAGAUUUUCGUGGGCUUACGGGAAAUCGGGCAUGGAAGCUUCGGAGCCGUGUACUUCGCCACCAACUCCCACACCAGCGAGGUGGUGGCCAUUAAGAAAAUGUCUUACGGCGGAAAGCAGACGAACGAGAAAUGGCAGGACAUUCUCAAGGAAGUCAAGUUCUUACGGCAGCUGAAACACCCCAACACCAUAGAGUACAAAGGUUGUUACUUGAAAGAACACACUGCCUGGUUGGUGAUGGAGUACUGUUUAGGCUCCGCUUCCGAUCUGUUAGAAGUUCAUAAAAAACCACUUCAGGAAGUGGAGAUAGCUGCCAUUACCCACGGUGCCUUGCAGGGCUUGGCCUACCUGCACUGUCACACUUUGAUUCAUCGGGAUAUUAAAGCUGGAAAUAUCCUGCUGACAGAGCCCGGCCAGGUGAAACUGGCCGAUUUUGGAUCUGCCUCCAAAGCUUCUCCUGCCAAUUCUUUUGUGGGAACACCUUAUUGGAUGGCUCCGGAAGUCAUCUUAGCCAUGGACGAAGGCCAGUACGACGGGAAAGUCGACGUUUGGUCCCUGGGGAUCACGUGCAUUGAGUUGGCGGAACGGAAACCCCCCCUUUUCAACAUGAACGCAAUGAGUGCCUUAUAUCACAUAGCCCAGAACGAUUCCCCGACGCUCCAGUCCGGCGAAUGGACGGACUCCUUUAGAGGAUUCGUUGAUCGCUGCUUGCAGAAAAUACCUCACGAGCGACCAGCCUCAGUGGAUCUCUUGCGGCACGACUUUGUGCGGCGGGAGCGUCCGCCCCGGGUUCUGACGGACCUCAUCCAGAGGACCAAGGACGCCGUCCGCGAGCUGGACAACCUGCAGUACCGGAAAAUGAAGAAGAUCCUCUUCCAGGAGUCGCGGAACGGCCCCCUCGGCGAGUCCCAGGAAGACGACGAAGAGGGCGAGCCGGGGCCCAACGCGAGCGGCGGGCCCGCGGGCAGCCUGGACAGCAACCACUCCAUCCCGAGCGCCUCCGUGAGCACCAGCAGCCGCGGCAGCAGCGUGGCCAGCGUCACCAGCGUCCAGGACCUGGCGGACGAGGACGCCGACCACGCCGCCGGCGGGGCAGGACGACAGGCCGGCACCGUCCGCUCCGGCCCCGCGCACGGGAAGGAUCAUGUCUUCUUAAGGUAUGACGUGGGCCACAAGGAAUCCCGGCCUGAGCCGCCGCCUUCUCAGUCCGUCCACUGCCGGAACCGAGAGCGUUUUGCCACCAUCCGAUCAGCAUCCUUGGUCACACGCCAGAUCCAUGAGCAUGAGCAGGAGAACGAGUUGCGUGAACAGAUGUCAGGUUAUAAGCGGAUGCGGCGUCAGCACCAGAAGCAGCUGAUCGCCCUGGAGAACAAGCUGAAGGCUGAGAUGGACGAGCAUCGCCUGAAGCUGCAGAAAGAAGUGGAGACCCAGGCCAACAACUCGUCCAUUGAGCUGGAGAAACUCGCCAAGAAGCAAGUGGCCAUCAUAGAGAAGGAGGCAAAGACAGCCGCAGCCGAUGAGAAGAGAUUCCAGCAACAGAUCUUGGCCCAGCAGAAGAAAGACUUGACGACCUUCUUAGAAAGCCAGAAGAAGCAGUACAAGAUUUGCAAGGAAAAGAUAAAGGAGGAGCUGAACGAGGAUCCCAGCACACCCAAGAAGGAGAAACAGGAGCGGAUUUCCAAACACAAAGAGAACCUGCAGCACAGCCAGGCGGAGGAGGAAGCGCACCUCCUCUCCCAGCAGAGACAGUACUACGAUAAAAACUGCCGUUUCUUCAAACGGAAGACCAUGCUCAGGAGGCACGAAAUGGAGCAGCAGAACAUUCGGGAGGAGCUGAACAAGAAGAGGACGCAGAAGGAGAUGGAGCACGCCAUGCUGAUCCGGCACGACGAGUCGACGCGGGAGCUGGAAUACCGGCAGCUGCACGUGUUGCAGAAGCUGCGCCUGGACCUCAUCCGGCUGCAGCACCAGACGGAGCUGGAAAACCAGCUGGAGUACAACAAGAGGCGCCAGAGAGAGUUGCACAGGAAACACGGCAUGGAGCUGCGGCAGCAGCCCAAGAACUUAAAGGUCAUGGAAAUGCAGAUCAAAAAGCAGUUCCAGGACACCUGCAAAGUCCAGACGAAGCAGUACAAAGCACUGAAGAAUCACCAGUUGGAAGUUACUCCAAAGAAUGAGCACAAAACCAUCCUGAAGACCCUGAAGGACGAGCAGACCAGGAAGCUGGCCAUCCUCGCCGAGCAGUACGAGCAGAGCAUCAACGAGAUGAUGGCUUCUCAGGCGUUACGGCUGGACGAGGCUCAGGAAGCGGAAUGCCAGGCCCUGCGCCUGCAGCUCCAGCAGGAGAUGGAGCUGCUCAACGCCUACCAGAGCAAGAUCAAGAUGCAGACGGAGGCCCAGCACCAGCGCGAGCUGCAGAAGCUGGAGCAGAGGGUGUCUCUGCGCAGGGCCCAUCUGGAGCAAAAGAUCGAAGAGGAGCUGGCCGCCCUGCAGAAGGAACGCAGCGAGAGGAUCAAAAACCUCCUGGAAAGGCAAGAGCGAGAGAUAGAAACUUUCGACGUGGAGAGCCUCGGAAUGGGAUUCGGGAAUUUGGUGACGUUAGAUUACCCUAAGGAGGACUACAGAUGAGAUUAAAUUUCUUGCCUUUUGGGUUUUUUUAUUUUUUGGGGGGGUUGCCAUUUACAGAAAAAGCAAGACCCCCCCCCCCAAAAAAAAAAACCAAACCGAGGCCCCCCAAAAACGAAGCAACCCGACGGAAGAAAGACGGAAACGAAACCCGACCAAAACCACAUUCCCCCCCCAUUCGAAGGGGCGUUACUCUGGUGCGCGCCGUCUAUCUCUCUCUUUCUCUCUCUUACUGUUACUGACAUCGUGUCGGACUUAGUGCCUCUACCUUUCAGUCCAUCAGGACCUCCCCGCCUCGCCCCCCGAAACCUCCCCGCGUCAAAUUUGGGGGGUCAGGCCCCCCCGUACGCCCGUAGUACGUCGCAGUGUUGAAGUGAUUCGAAACGUUUCAGCGAAAAACCUUGGAGACGGUCGUAGACCAAACCGACGACGGCAAAAAAACCCCCACAAAAAACAAGAAAAGUGGAUGGAUGUCGCUUUGAGAAAUCACUCACGGCCACCAAUCUCUGAAAGUAAAGCAAAAAAAAAAAAAAAAAUCCCCUAUAUAUAUGCAUAUGUAUACAUACAUAUCCAUAUAUCAAGAAAAGUGGAUGGAUGUCGCUUUGAGAAAUCACGGCCACCAAUCUCUGAAAGUAAAGCAAAAAAAAAAUAACCCCUAUAUAUAUGCAUAUGUAUACAUACAUAUCCAUAUAUCAAGAAAAGUGGAUGGAUGUCGCUUUGAGCAAUCAUUCACGGCCACCAAUCUCUGAAAGUAAAGCAAAAAAAAAACCCACCCCUAUAUAUAUGCAUAUGUAUACAUACAUAUCCAUAUAUCAAGAAAAGUGGAUGGAUGUCGCUUUGAGCAGUCAUUCACGGCCACCAAUCUCUGGAAGUAAAGCAAAAAAACCCACCCCAUAUAUAUGCAUAUGUAUACAUACAUAUCCAUAUAUCAAGAAGAGGGGAUGGAUGUCGCUUUGAGAAAUCACGGCCACCAAUCUCUGAAAGUAAAGCA